AUGGCUGACCUGCCCGUGCCUCGCAACCCUUCAUGGCCAACCGACCAGGCAGACCCGGCCUCGUGUUCCGCCGCGGGCGAGUUCUUCGCAAUGUGGCUGACUACCCCGGAGCAGAUCAAGGCCCGGACCUACCGGGGCCCGGGGAUCGAUGUUACCGCAAGAUACCUCCGCGUACUCUUCGGCGCAAGCACAGAGAACUGGUCCGACGGCCAAUUGGUUCAUUGGUUUCAAGACACCCAAGCCGAGGCGGAAAGAAGAUAUUCCACCCAGCCGGGGAGCCCGGAUCUCGGCAUCUUCUUUAACGAAUAUAUCAAGCCAGCCGUCGAUGGUUGCAGCGCUUCAGUAUGCCGGUCCCUCGGAUGGCAGGGCAACACCGAUCUUGCCGGCAUUGGGGUCUUCUCCUCAUAUUGCAUCGAGGCAGCCCUCGCAACCAUCUACCUCGUAGUCCUUCUCGCGAACCGCUUUAAAAUCUGGAAAAAGGGCCGCGUGUUGGACUCCUUCCUCGGCACGGUCAGCGACCUGGUGCAGGGCGUCUUCGUCUUUUCAGUCGCCAUCAUGAUUGCAUCACUGCACUCCAUUGUCAAGGUGCUCGACCAGAGCGACUACUCAGUGACGACGUACGAGAUCGUCACGGCUAUGCUCGUCACCAUCUUUUCCGUAUGCCCGGCCACCCUGCUGUAUGCCAUCGGUGGCAACAGUAAGGGUCCCAAGCCGAUCCUCCGCCCCAUCCUCCUGGUCAUCUGGAUCCUCAUGCUCGCCGUCGUCAACCUCGGGAGGACGACGGACCCCAGCAGACAGGCCUUGGCGGCGAAUACCAUCGGGCACCCGUUCGAGGUCUACUGCCAAGUUAUUGGCUCCGCCCCGCUCGAGGCAGCGCGCAUCUUUGCCGUCGCGGCCGCCGAAGGCGGAAAGGAGGAAGACGGCAGAGCAUGGCGCGUUAUUGUCUCUGUUCUUGCCUGUCUCGUCAUGUGGUUCUUCCUCGGGCUCUUCGCGGCAAUGCGCGCAACCAUCAUCGAUGUUGCCGGCGACUCCGACAAGUCAAACGAGUGGAGCUUCGGCCAGAUUGUUGCCCUCGCCAGCUGGGCUCCGGUGGUCCUCAACUUCUUUUAUCUCCUUUUCCUUGGCGUCGAAAAGGGUCAAGGCUCUAAGCUGCCACACGGUUAUACCAUUACAUCCUCGGACACCGGCAACGGUGGAGCAGAGGGAGGCGGGGGGCAAGGAGGUGAAUGA